AUGUCAAGUGGAGCUUUAGGCUGGGUUAGCACCCUCACCCUCAGCAUAAAACAGCUGGCCGGCCUACCCCGCCUGUCCCACUCCCUGCCCUCCCUGCCAUCCCCCCAGCCCACGCUCCCUGCCUCGGACGUUCCCAUCCUGUUCCGUGAGCCCUACAUCCUGUCGGGCUACCGGCCGCUGGGCCAGCCAUGGCGCUGCUAUAUACUAAGCCUCUUCCAGCAGCAUAACGAGUCCCUGAACGUGUGGACACACCUGUUGGCGGUCCUUGCCGUGCUGCUGCGCUUCUGGUUCUUCGCCGCCUCCAGUGACUUGAAUCCAGACGCCUCCUCACUACCUCUUUGCCUCUACAUCUUGUCAGCCCUUACCUACCUCAGCUUUAGUGCUGCCGCCCACUUGCUGCAGUCACACUCUGAGCUAGCACACUACUCCCUCUUCUUCCUGGACUAUGUGGGCGUGGCCACAUACCAAUAUGGCUGUGCACUGGCCCACUACUUCUACUCCUCCGAGGAGCCGUGGAGGCAGAGCCUUGUGGGGGUGAUGUUCUUGCCCGGAGCAGCUUUGCUAGGCUGGUUAUCGUGCACAAGCUGCUGUUUUGCAAAGCUACGCUACCGCCGGCCCUACCCGUUCCGCAGGAAGCUCUUCCAGAUGGUGCCGACCAGCCUGGCCUACCUGCUGGGCAUCAGUCCAGUGGCCUACCGACUGGCCGCCAGGGCCUGGGAUGAGACAGAGCUGGUGCUGCAUGCAUUGCAGGUGGCCUUCUUCAUGCAGGCUGCUUUCUUCUUCUCCUGCCCAGUGCCGGAGCGCUUCUUUCCGGGAAGGUGUGAUAUUAUAGGCCACGGCCACCAAAUUUUCCACUUCUUCCUUGUCAUGUGCACCAUGUGCCAGAUGGAGGCGCUGUGCAAGGACUUCCUGACGCAGCGGCGCUUCGUGGUGCAAGUGCAUGGGGAGUGGACCAUCUUGCUAGCUGGAGGUUCUUUCGUUGUCCUCGUGCUAUGCAGUAUUCUAACAGCAGGUCUAAUGCGAAGGAGAGUCCAAAGGCAGCUACAGAAGAAGGAGUGAAGAAAGACUGAGACUGACAUACGGUUGUGGGAAUUCCACAUUUUUGCUCUGUUCCAGCUCCGCCCACACCUCCACUAAGUCUUCAGUGUUUUUGAUUGUUUAUUUCUGGUGUGUUGAGAGCUGAAAUACAGCAAAAAUGUGUACCAACUAGGACAAAGGUCUGCAGUUUACGGUCCCAUGUUUUAUAGCCACUGGUAGUUAACUGAACCACUGAUAUAACUGAUUGGCCACCUAGUGUCAUACCUACCCAUGACUGCAUUAACUGAAUUUACACAAAUGUCCCCUUACCUCAAAUGUAUGGUACAUACAAAGCCUUCAUGGUAGUUGCUACCUCUGUUUUUAGUUAUGCUACAUACUUUAGUCCAUUUUUAUACACAACAGUGUUUCAUGCAUUGUCAGGAACCGCGUGAGCAAGUCUAUUUGAGAUGACUUAACAAUGUAUGACUUACUCAUGUAUGUAUGCAUUUACUCCCUCACUCAUCAUCUAAGCCGCUUAUCCUCCUGGGUUGCGAUGGGGGCUGCUGAAGCCUGUCCCAACACUCAUUAGGUGGAAGGCAGGAAACCCCUUGGAUUUUAAACCCAUGUAGGCUCAGGUAUGGCCAUACCUAGUGCUCUUCAAAUACUAUGGUUCUUGAGGGAAAAGUCUUAUUAAGGACGGUUAUUGGUAACAUUCAUAAUCAGUUUAUGUAAUAAAGCUUAGUAGUCUCGCUCUCAUGAUGAGGCCGGUGUGUAUAAUCUAUGGCUUAGCCAGAAUUCCCUCAUGGCCCAGCUUUAUGCAUGUCUGGCAGAGUGACCUAUUUGCCACAAAGCCUUUUUAGCCUGGGGCUAAUAAAAAAGGAAAGAAGGAAUAAUUGUAAGAGCUGGAUUUGGGCGUGUUGCAAUCGGGGGUGGGAUGGUUGAACAAAGAAGUCACUUUUAUAUUGCAUUCAGCAAAUGCAAGACUCCUAGAGACUGCUUUUGCCAAAGAGCCAAUCAGAUGCUGGCUCAGAAGAGCAGCAGAGCAGAUUACUUGGUUAGGUUUGCUUCAGAACACCAAGUGCUCAGCUUUUCAAGUUUCACAGAAACCACAUUUACCCAUCACAUACAUAUAUGCAUGUAAGUAUUGUGUAUGGCUGAAAAUAUCACGAUAUGCUAAUGAGUGUGUUGGUCCUUACAUUCUAUUCGCAGUGUACUGUAUUUGAUUAAUCAAAUCAUUAUUACCUCGGUUGGGGGGUGAAGUAAGAGAUCUUUACCUCCUUGAAUACAACUGUGUUUCAGGUCUGGGUGUUUUGCAAGAGUUUACAGUAGAGACUUGAAGGAUGUGUUGCAUGUCUUAGAGAAUAUUGAUUUUAAAAAAUGGUGCAAUUAUGCACAAAUCAGCUCAAAAGAAUUUGCACAAUUCUGAGAUGAAACUGUAAAUGACAAAUUAUUAAAUGAGAUCAUUCAACAAUACUUAAAACAGUUUUUAUGUCUUGUUGUACACAAGAAUAAGAAAAAAAUGUAUUUUAAC